AUUGAACCUCGCAAACAAAGUGCUACUGAAAAAAUCAACGCCAGAGACUCAGCUCGAACACCUCAGUUAUUUGGUAGCAACCUACCUGCAUCUUUUCUGCCAGUUGAUGAUAAGGAUAGACUUAGACAUCAGCUAAAGGAAGAACGCAAUAAAGAAUAUAACGAGUUUCUUCGGCAGAUGAAUACGCCACAUAGGCUUCGAAAUUCAGCUAGCAAUGAUCCUCCUGACUUCACUUCUUUGAAUUUACCUUCUACCUCCAAGCCUGAACUGAGGACCACUGCAGAUGCACUCAAAACAGCAAGUUCAAUUUACGAAUCACGUAGUUCUUCCCUCCUAGAAAAUUCUGAAACUAGAUUGAAGCUUCUUGAGCAAGAAUACGAUAGAAUUAAGCGGGAGCUUCCACUUUUAGCUAACAACCAUCAAAUUAGGUCCAUGCCUAGUCCGGAUCCCAACAAUUUCUCAACUCCUGUUAAAAAUCACACCGAACAUUCUAUCAUUCCUUUUGGCCGACUUGCUACUCCUAAUUCAAAAAGAAGAGAGAAGGAGAACUAUCGAAAGGAAUUAGAAGAGCAAAUAAGAUCCAAAACAAAUUCGUCUUUCAGACAUAGUGAUUUACGCAAAGAAGAAAAUUCGUUUUCAUUUUUUGAUAAACUGUUUGAAAAGAAUCCUAAGCCUGUUGAGAAGAAAAAUAACAAAAACGAGACAAUGAAUUUUGACCAUAUUGCAAAGGCUUUCGACUAUAAGACACCCGCCGAUGACGCAUAUUUUAGCCUUGCCGAAGUUGACCCUCUUGAUACUUCUCGUAUGUCAGUCUUGGCAGAUUCAGUUUUAAAGGGUCAAAAGCAUUCCAGCACAAACUCAAGUGAAUCACCAUUUCCUAAUUCCGAAAUUGAAAAUCCCAGAAAAACAAAUAAAAAUUCUUACGCUGUUGAGCUUCAACGCCAGAUUGAAGAGGUCAGGAGGAGGAAGGAGGAAGAAAAAAUGAAAGAACUGGAAUAUAACAGACAAAAAGACGAAGAGAUUGCUCAAUAUCACUCUUCUUAUCAAAAGCCUAUUAAUCCUGGAGGCAGAAGGAGUUUUCCUCAGAGAACAGCUAUGGAGUUGUCUCAAACGGAUGAUAAGUCUUCAUUUGUAGGUAUUUCGAACGAUAAAGAUCAAACUAAUACAUACGCCAGAGGCGGUCAUGGAAUUUUUGGACAUCCAUUAACAGAUGAACAAAAAAAUAAGGCUAAUCAAUACAAGCAGGAACUAGCGAAGCAAAUCAGUGAGCGAAAACUGGCUGCCGAAGAAGCCAAAUCGCGUGAGCUUGAACUGGAAAUCAAGGAGCGCGAACGAAUUGAACUUGAACGACAAAGAAUUCAAACUGAAUAUGAAAAUGAGCAAGCUAGUAGAAGAGCCAAACAAGAAGCAAUCAGAAAGGACAACGAAGUUUCUAGGCUCGAAAUGGAAGAAAAGCGCCAGAAAAGUAACAAAACCAAGGAGAAAAGUGGGGUUACUUUAUCCGACCUCAAAUCUGCGGAAAGAACUAGGCCAACCGAUAAUCCUCAAAUGAUAAAUCACAACUGGAAGAGCUACUGA